AGUCAAUUUUUUUUAAUCCGUCGUUCGAAACUAUUGCCCGGAUUUAACGAACGUUGGGAAUUGACAUCGUGCAGCCUCGCAGGAAUUCGGUUCAAUUCGUACUAAGUAACAAUAAUAACAAGCACCGCUCAACUCGUGGAUAAGUACAUCGAAACUUUGAGUAGUCGUUUUCAUGUGAUCGACCCGUAAGGACGGAGACCUUCGUAGGGUGGAUGUUGAACCGUAUUAAUCGUAUCAUGGACCGUGACAAGGAUAAAAACCCUGAGUUCCGAGCUGAUAAUGAGGCCUUGGAAAUUACGGAUAAUGGGAACUCCAGAGCCAAGUGGGGCAGUGGAAUGGAAUUCCUAAUGUCAUGCGUAGCUUUUUCCGUCGGUUUCGGAAACAUCUGGCGCUUCCCGUACACCGCGUACGAAAACGGCGGAGGAGCCUUUCUCAUCCCGUAUCUCGUUGUACUCUUCAUCAUCGGAAAGCCGUUUUACUACAUGGAGAUGAUCCUUGGCCAAUUCAGUAGCAGAUCCUGCAUUGAAAUUUGGUCGGUAUCACCAGCGUUCAAAGGUAUCGGUUUUGGUGUCACGGUUGCAGUCUUUUCCAUAACCACGUAUUACUGCGCGCUAAUGGCUCUGACGUUAUUUUACCUGCUGUCAAGCUUUCAAUCGGUUUUGCCGUGGGCUUCGUGCCGCGAAGAAUGGGGCGAUACUUGUUACAGUUCAUCCGGCAUCAGCAACGCGACUUCGAACAGUUCGCAAUCAAGCUCUGCAGAGCUCUUCUUUCUAAACGUUGUGCUGAACGAGACCGACGACAUCAGUAACGGAAUCGGUAUUCCAUCCUGGAGACUUGUUCUUUGCUUAGCCGGAAGUUGGCUCGCUGUUAUACUUGUUCUUUCGCGUGGUAUGAAAAGCGCGGGAAAGGCGUCUUACUUCCUGGCCUUGUUUCCCUACACAAUGAUGAUCGUACUCUUGGUCAGAGCCGUCACUCUGCCAGGGGCGACCAACGGCAUCGUCUUCUUGUACAAACCGAUCUGGACGAAAAUUUUCGAACCUCAAGUCUGGUACGCGGCUGUUACCCAGGCUUUCUUUUCACUCGGCGUAUGUUUUGGAGCAGUCACCAUGUAUGCAUCGUACAACGGCUUUCGGCACGACGUUAACAGAGACUGCACCAUUGUGACAACCCUGGACCUACUGACAAGUCUUCUCGCCGGCACCACGAUAUUUGGAAUCCUCGGAAAUUUGGCCUAUGAAUUGGGUAGCGAUGAUAUUAGCACUGUAGUACGGAGUGGAACUGGACUGGCCUUCAUAUCGUAUCCGGACGCAUUGGCCAAGUUCACCGUCGUUCCGCAAGUUUUUGCAGUCCUCUUCUUCCUGAUGCUAUUCGUCCUGGGUGUCGGAACAGCCGUAGCUGUUUCCAAUGUGUUGAUAAGCGUUAUCAUGGACCAGUUUCCAAGUUCUGUGCAUUGGAUGGUGGCACUGGGAGUCGCAAUCGUCGGAUUUCUGUUCGGGACGAUCUACUGCACUCCGGGAGGUCAAUACAUACUGAAUUUGGUUGACUACUUUGGCGGAACUUUCAUCCUGGUGUGUCUCGCGUGCUUCGAAGUGGUUGGCAUUUCUUGGGUCUACGGAGUCGAUAAUUUCCUCGAUGAUAUUGAAUUCAUGACUGGAAAACGUCCAUCUUUCUACUGGAGAUUCUGCUGGGGCCUGUUGACCCCUCUCAUGCUCUUUACCAUCCUUGUCUAUUUUCUCUUCAAUAUAACCCCAUUGGUGUACAAUGACGUAGUAUAUCCUACAUCAGCCUAUGCUGCUGGAUGGGCGUUGCUUUUUUUGGGAAUCGUGCAAUUUCCAGCAUGGGCUAUGAUCACUAGAUUACAGAACAGAGAAAAGCCAUGGUCUGACAUAUUCAAACCAACAGAAGAGUGGGGACCGAAAGAUCCAGAAACAAAAAGGAAGUGGAAAGAAUUCAAGGAGAUAAAACGAUUGAACCGAGAACGGAAGCUGGAUACAACAGGAGAAAAGUUCUGGGCAGCAUUAGUUGGCAGAUGAUAAACGCACAGUAUCUGUCAAUCGAUAUAUUUUUCUAUUUCAAACAAUUUGUAUAGUGUGCUGUACGAUUAUUCAAA